AUGAUCCGGAAGAGUAUCAUUCUGCUGAGCCUAUUGGGCUCACUGCCUUUCGCCGUCGCUUCUCCAAAGAAGCACCACAAAGAUGCAACAACAACCCUUGACCCGUCACCGUCAUCUUCAGACAUAUCCAAUUCGUCCACUUCAGCGCCGCCACUUCGAAGUUUCAAUAACUCCAUGCCGCAUACCCCCUUUACUGAAACCCCGACUACCACAGGUGCGCUGACAGCUUCUUCCAUUGGAACGAGUGUCUCUCCCGGAGGUGUUGCAGCUGGAGCGACAACAUAUCCUGCUGAUGGAAAGCUUCAUCAUAACGAGCCUGCUCCAUAUGUCCCGGCAGGUGGGCUCGGGACCAACGGAAGCACGCCUGUCUACAACACGAAGAGCGAUUUCGACUACGAGUCUUUAGCCCUUGCCCUAUAUCAGGAAUGGAUUGAGCUCGAUCUGUUCCAAGACGGACUCAGACGUUUCAACGAUUCAGCCUUCCGAGCCGCCGGUAUGACCGCUGCAGACCGCGAGUUGAUCGCAUUCAUGGCGGAGCAAGAGACAGGCCACGCGACUAUGCUCAGCAACAUCAUCGGAGCCCAUGCCCCGCAGAAAUGCAGCUAUAUCUACCCGUACACAAACGUCAAGGAGUUUGUCGACUUCUGUCAGAAACUUACGCGCUGGGGAGAAUCUAGCGUGUAUGGGUUUUUGCCUCAUCUUGACUCUCGUGAGGCGGCCAAUCUUUUGACUCAGGCCAUCACCACAGAAGCACGACAGCAAAUGAUCUUCCGCCAGUUCGAGGGUCUCUUCCCGAUGGUCGAGUGGUUUGAAGUCGCCAUACCGCAAUCUUGGGGUUGGACGCUGCUGGCGCCUUUCAUCAGCUCUUGUCCUGAAAACCAGACGCGCUUGAUUUGGCAAAAUUUCCCAACGCUAAUGGUGGUCAAUCAGCCCGAUCCAUGGAUUUCAGGAAUUUCAAGCAACUUUUCUUCUGGUGAUAACAUAACAAGUGGGUAUAAUGCUACUGGGUACAAUGCCACCGGGUCCACUGCUAUCACGCAUAAUUCUGCUGCGUACAAUUCCACCGGGUACAAUUUUACUUCGAGUGAGGAUCAGAUUUCAAGACUCAACACAACUUCUGGGUUCAAUCAGACUGAAGGAUUUGGCUUCAAUCAGACCACCGGAAUCAACAAUACUGUCGCGCCAGGCGUCAGCAUCCCCAAGUCACCAAAAGGCUCCGGGAAAUUCAACUCGUCUACUUCGACUAAUGGCUGCAGCGCCUCUGUUAGCAAGGUUCGCCCAUUACCUCUCACAGCCCCGGGUCGGAGGGUGCUGUUGCAGUGGGAUCUUCCCGGGAAGAAAAUCGGUCCCAACAACAGCUAUAUCACCACGACAGAGACGAAACCUGGUAGUGCAAAGUAUGUCCUUUGGGUGUCACAACUGAACGUUACCUACACCCCUCUGCACAUUGUCAAUGGAACCAACAGCACCAGCAGCACCAACAGUACCAAUAGUACGAACAGUACCGUUGAUGGCGUUCGAGGGUACACUACCCAGCCCAACUUGGAAACUUACCAAGGUAACCCAGCUUUCAAUGGUACCAUUUUUAUUGCUAUCACGGACAGUGACCCGUAUGUCAGCCCGUUCAAUCUGAGCUUGAUUAACCCACAUGUGGUUGCCGGUCCAGCUUUGUACCAGGCUGGUUGA